CUUCCGUAUGCAGCUGCAGAUUAACGGCAAAAUCUAUAAAUUAUAACCUCUUUACUCUGGAUUAUAAGUGCGAAAGUUGUUGCCGUAAAAUAAUAAAAAUAACAAAAACACCCGAAGAAGACGUAUUUAUCAAUUAGAAAUAUUGAAAAGAAGUGAGCAAACUUGUUCGUGUUUUUCUACCUACAAUUAAAUUACAGAAUAUCAUUUUUGUAAAGUUACUGCAUAAGGAAAUGAAUAACAUAAAGAAAUCUGUUACUAAAACGAAAUCUAAAAGAAAAAAGGUGAAGGCUUUCCAUCAAAAAGUAAAAGUGUUCAGAGCUAAGGAUCCAAGAAUGGCUGUUUUAAUGUGGGGUGUUAGUCAAUCGAUAUCCCAGUUAUCUCACGUUGCACAUCCUGUAAUGCUUUUAAAAGAUGAUUUCAAAGCUUAUAGCAAAAUCAAAAUUGAUAAUCACUUAUACAACAAGUGAGUAUGCAGGGGAAAAUAUGCCAGGUCACUUUAAAUUUAAAGAAUACAUGCCACUUGUUUUUCGCAAUCUUCGAGAAAGGUUUAAUAUUGAAGAGCAGUUAUAUGCAAGAUCAUUUUUAAUUCAACCUUGUGAUAGUAAUGCUUCUGGAAAUAGUGGAGCAAAGUUUUUAAUCACCAAAAAUAAAAUGUUUUACAUUAAAACAAUUGAGAGAGAAGAAGUUGAGAUGAUGCAUCAAAUAAUGCCAAGCUAUCACCAGUAUGUAGUGGAAUCUCAUUCUAAUACACUUCUUCCUCAAUAUCUCGGAAUGUAUAGAACAACAAUUGAUAGCAAGAUUGAAUACUACUUAAUAAUUCGUAGUGUAUUUAGCAGCCGUCUCAAAAUACACAAGAAAUAUGAUCUUAAGGGAUCCAGAGUUGACAGAGAAGCUAAAGAUUCAGAAAAGGGUAAGGAUUUUCCAACCUUUAAAGAUAAUGACUUCACAAGAGACAAUGCAAAAAUAUCAAUCGGCGCUAAAGCAAAAGAAGUUAUUCUUGAAAAACUCAAAAACGAUAUUAAUUUCCUCUCUAAUUUAAAUAUAAUGGACUACAGUUUGCUAGUUGGUAUUCAUGACACUGAAAGAGAUGACAACUCAGAUGAAGAUGAAUUAGAUGGUGAUGAAGAUUUUGAAACAGGCGAUGACUCAGGAGAUGGCCUUGAUGAACCAUGCUCUCUUGAUGAUCUCAACAUAGGACCUAAAUUUAUGCGUGCUGAAAGUACCCAUAGUAAUGAUCCAACUUUAGGAAAUGAUUUCUAUGCUGUUCAAUGCAUUGAUGACUCCAAACAUGAAAUAUACUAUAUAGGAAUCAUAGAUGUGUUAACUUAUUAUGGUGCUACAAAAAAAGCAGCCCAUGCAGCCAAAACAGUAAAACAUGGCGCGGGUGCAGAGAUAUCUACAGUAAAACCUCACAUCUACGCUUCACGUUUUUUGGAGUUCAUUGAAACAGCAUUUGAAUAAAAGACUAUAUAGUGUACUGUAUACUAUCUUAUACAGAGAUAAUUAUCUUAUAAAAAUUAAUAUGAAUUAAAGUAAAAGAAAUAAAUGGUUAUAAUUUUUAAAUAUUAAAGUGUGGUUUUGUCCAAAAAUUUUAUUAAAAUUUGUAUUUAUUAUUAUUAUUUUUUUAAACAUUGUGUGUGACAUGCUUGUAUUUCCUAUAAGUUUAUCUUUAUUUAAAGUUUUGCCAUAAUGUGGUUGCUAAAAUUCAAAUUUUUAUUAUCUCUUUUUAACGUUAGUAUUUGUUAAAAUGUAAGAUAUUUUUACUUAUUUAAUUUCUUUCAACCAGGGGGUUACUGGGUUUUUUUGAUUGUAUGAUUUUUUGCAAAAUAUUAUCAUUUUAGUGAAUAUUAGUGGAAAAAAAGUUGCUAACUAGCUCUGGUCGAC